UGGAGGAGGGAGGGCCGCACUUUCCAGCCAGGCCCUUGGCAACCCAUGCUUCACCACUCUCGUCCACUGAGGACUCCCCGGCCGCUCCUGCCAUGGACAGGUGGUACCUGGGCGGCAGCCCCACGGACGAUGUGGACCCAUUCUACUACGACUAUGAGACUGUCCGCAAGGGGGGGCUCAUCUUUGCUGCCCUGGCCUUCGUCGUGGGGCUCAUUAUCAUCCUCAGCAAAAGACUCCGCUGUGGGGGCAAAAAGAAGCACGGGCAAGUCAAUGAUGAUGAUCUGUAAUGACAGAGUCAGCCGUACUGCCUUUGCAGUGGGGCCUUGGGAAGCCUUCCCUGAGCUGCAGACCUUUGUCCCCAGCACUGCCAGGCCCUCGGGCUGAAGGAAGCACCAGGCUCCAGGUGACCCCUGGGUUUUCAUGGCCUCCUCCCAACCCCAGGCUGCCUCAUGUUAAUAAUAAAGCCAGCCUCAGAGACACAGCUCCUUCCCUGGCCUCCCUCCUUCCCUCCCAUACCUGCC